AUGGCUUCAUACAAGGGGGAACGAUCGCCAGGUCUCCCGUAUGCCGGGUUUAACCUAUGCUUUUUUCUUAUUUUUCUUUGCAUAUUUUGUCUGCCUGUUGUGGCGCAGGAUGUGGUGAAUCAAUGUGCUGCCGAAACUCCCGUUCUGAGUAUCCCUGUGACUGACACUACUGCAGUUGAAUUCAAGUGCGCAGCACAGGUGACCAACCUGUAUCCGCAAUACAGUGCAAGCGUCCCCCAGAAGGUUUGCGAAAGUUCGGCUUGUACAAGUGAAGUCCAGCUGAAGAUUCCUAAUGCAACAUUGGGACAAACAGACGACAAGUACACGUUUACCGUCUCACAAGCCUCCGAAGAGGCAAGCACAGUUUACUUUAAGUGUUCUUCGGUUGCUCCUGCCAUACAGAACUUGAGAGAUACAAUCACAAAAGAAGACAAUGGUGAAAAAAAGUGCACGGUCCAGAUUGCAGUUUGGGGACCUCCAAUUCAAGGAUUGCCUGAGUACCCGACACCAAGCAAAUGCGCGGCGAACCAAUCGACACUAAACCUUGAAGUCAACUCUUCGAACAAAUCAGUGACAUUUGCUUGUGGCGAUGGCAACGUUCUUUCUCCAGCACUUUUUGACAACGUCUUCUCCGCAGAAGGCUGUACCGAGGAGUCCCCAUUGGCAGAUCAUCUUUCCACUGCUUCCCUGGUGCAACACGGGACCACGGAAGCCGGAAAGGAUGCGAAAAAACCAGCAUACACAUUCCAAGUCACGAGCUUGCCGGCAGAGGAGAAAACGGUGUGUUAUCAGUGCAGGAAAAGUUCUCCAAGUGGACGCAGCAAUGACCCGACAUGUACAGUGUACAUCAAGGUGGCAAAGGAGGAAACCGAUAGCGGCUCCACGACAACCGCCCCUCCUGACGCUUCAGGAGCUGAGACUGGACGGUGGAGCUGCUUGACACUGAUAACGUCUCUUAUCAGCGUCUCUGUCUUAUUGGCGAAAAUGAUUUGA